AAAUCGUAGAAAAAAUGAAUUUGUAAUCCUUUGUAAUCAACAGUGUCUUUUUUCAAUAUCUUCUAUUGUUUUUCAGCUGUUAUUUGCGAGACAUGACCAUAUUUUCGUCCUAAGAAUCUCUCCUAUUCCCUAAGUGUACCCCUAUAGGACGUAUUUGUCCAAUACCGUACAGGGAGCCUUUACAAGUUUAGUGGAAAACUAUUAAGCAAGGACGGUUAAGAGCUAAUUGAAAAGUUUUGGAAAUAUAUACAGACAACAAAACUAAAUAUAGCAAGUAAUGAACAGAAAUGUUGAAAAAGGAUGGCAAACUCAAAUUCGACCUAAUGAACGACAAAGUAUUGCUUUACAAAUAGCCCAAACGCUGCGGAUAAUUUCUCCAUCUAUUUCAGAAGUUCAGUUGAUGAAUAUGGCACUUUCGUUUGAAAGACAAGCAUUCGAUGGGGCCAAUAGUAAGAACGAAUACUUGACGACUUGUAGUAAAAAGACCGCUCAACUAAGAGACCAAAUACGUGAGCAUUUACAGGCAGCUCAAUUGAAGCAAGCACAGAAUUAUAGCAACAAUGGUAAUAUGAAUACUGUCCCUUCAGUACCUCCUGUUACUGCUGGAAGAAUGGCAGCCAAUUCAAGGGUUUUGCCGCGUAUGCAAAACCAGACUAUGCCAAUGCAACCAGGAGGGGUUCAACAACAAUUUGCUGGAAAUGUCAAACUUACACCUCAGCAAAGACAACUUCUUUAUCAGCAGAGCCAGAUACAGCAGCAACAGCAACCUCCUCAGCCGGCAACCGAUACGAAUCAAGGUCGUGCUGCUCAACCUCGAGUUCCACCGGCACUUUCGCAACAACAGUUGAACAAUCUUUGUGCACAAAUUUCAACAUUGUUAGCUCGUACCGGAACUCCUCCUAUAGCUUUGCAAAAGCUGCAGAGUAUGCCGCCUGCGACACUUAUUUCACUUUACCAAAAUCAAGUUCAAAAAUUCCGAUCGCUUCAACAAUUACAGCAGCAACAACAAAAACAGAUUCAGCAACAGAGUCAACAACAGGGAAAUGUGCCUUUCAAUGCUAAUAACGCUGGACAAACGUAUCCUAAUAUGGCCAAUCAACAACAAACACAACCUCAGGUUCCACAGCAGCCUCGUCCUGCAAACAUUCCAAGUAACGCUAAUAUAAGGCAAAAUUUGGAAAUGCUGAACAUUCCUGUUCCUAAGCAACUAUUUGCACAAAUUCCAGGAUUACCUUCAAAUAUAAAAUUAUGGAGAGAUGUAACUGAACUUGGGAAGAAUCAGCGUUUGACACCUGAACAAGCAAAAGCGAUUGGAAUUCUUUAUCAAAAGCAUAUGCAAGUACUGUUGCAACAUCGACAAUUAAAAAUGCAAUCUGCACGUGUAAAUGCCCAACCCACUCAGACACCUCAAGCUCCUAAUAAAUUUGGAAAUGUUCCUGUUGAUCCGAAUGUAGCACCUUCUGCUUCUCAACAGGCUUAUGCUCAACAGAUGAGGAAUGCUAAUGUUACAAACCAACCGAUAAAGCCUCAAAGCACUAAUGUACCGAUAAAUGCCGAAACUGCUCCUAAUCCAGCAAAAGCCAAUUAUCAAAAUUAUGUACCAACUAAGGCACGUGCGAAUAGCCAGGCAUUAAAGUCGAAUUUAUCUCCUGUUGAUGUUCCUAAUGUUGGUACGUCAAGUGCUGAGGUGAACCCAGCGUUUAAUGCUUCGGUCAGUCCUCCUUCUUAUCCUUUAAAACCUACUGAUGCCACGGGUGCUCCUCAAGCAGGUAAUCAACCUACAGAGAAGCCCUUUGCAAAUGCCUCCGCUCCUGGAAAUGUAAGCGCCUUUAUAGUGCAGCAGCUUUUAGAAUCUGGAGGAACUAUGGGGCAGCAAAAAAUGACUGUUCGGAUUCGUGAAUUAACCGAGAGAGUGAUGCAUUCAAUGAUAAGACCUAUACCGCUGGAUCUCCCCCAUGACCAAAAAGUGAUUGUCGCUGAACUCGUGAAAUCUGCAUAUCCAAUGUUUAGUAGAACUAAUCAAUUGAUAUACUUAUUUUAUUGUCUUACAGCUAAUGAAGAAGCGACUAUUCAAUUAAUACAAAUGCGCCAUAUUUUUAAGUUACAGCUAGAAGGUCUUCAGCAGGGUGUUUUUACCUGUACACCUCAAAUGAUGGCAAAGAUAAAGGAAAAGACGAGUCGUUACUUUGCAUACGUGAGAACUCACCUAAUUCGGUUGCAUCAUGAAGUUAACGUGAACGGUCAAAGUCUACCUGCAGCUUUAGCUCAAAUUUCAACGUCCAUGAGAAGCUCUUCUGCUCAACAGCAGCAACAGCAGCAACAACAGCAGCAGCAGCAGCAGCAACAACAACAACAGUCUCUACAGCAGGGUCAACAAAGGAAUCAGAAACAACAACAACCUCAGCAAAGUCCUUUACAAUAUCAGCCUGCUGCUGCCAUGCAGACUCAGAUCGCUGGCGUGAACAAACCUCAACCUAAUUUACCACCUCAAGUGCGAAAUAUACCCAAGCCUACUAAUGAAGCUGGCUUGGAUGAACAACAGCUCAGUUAUGAAGCGAUAAGUAAAGCUCAACAAGAAGCACAAUUGAAAGAAAAAGCAAUAUCUGAAGUAAUGAAGCACACCCUAAGGCCAGAGGACCUAAAGUUACCAAUGAGCAAGAGGAAGAAGCUUGACAAUGUUUCACCACCAGCCAUAAGCCCCUUAAUACAAAAACCUUCAUUAGAGACACCUAUAGAAGGACAUGCCAUGAAUGCUGAAGAGACUCCUGUUUCUGGUUCAUUGGUGAAUGAUGGGCUAAAUAAUACCUCAGCGAAAGAAGCUGAGUCGUAUAAAGCCAGAGAAGAGGCUACUGCAAACCCACUAAAGUAUGCUAUUGACGCAUUCGUAACGCUUGAUCACGAGGAUGAGUUUUCAGCCGUUAAAAGCGGUUUGACACCGACUUCGGUAAUAAAAACACCUCAGUCGUUUUUCAUUCCUUCUUCAACUCCUGAUUAUAAUGCAGGUAAAAGUUCUUUGAGUCCAGCAAAUAUCUUGACCUUGGAAGGCAAAUUCACAUAUGAUGACGAUGCUGAAUUAUGGGCUGAUGGUGUUCAAGAGGGUAUAUCUGUUAAUGGGGAGACGAAAACGGCUGAACCCGGAAUAGAAACAAAGGUUGGAGAUGAGUCAAUGAAUACCGAUCGAACUUACAAAGUCCCAGAAGAAGAAGAUACUUUCGUUAAGUUAAUGGAUGAUGAAAAUGACCCUUGGAAUGAUUUUAUUCAAGAAAAGCAAUUAACUGCUAAGCAGAAGGAGACAGGAGAAGAAGUUAAUGAGUUUUCUUCUAUGAAUCCCUCAAAGAUCUGGCAAGUUGUAAUUUAAAUAAGUUUGCAUCGUGGGCAUCAUUGGUCUCAACAAGGAAAUAAUGACACUUCAUCGAGAAUAUUAACGUAUCUAUUGAGGAUUAUGCAAAGGAAUAUAUAUAUAUGAUAAAGAAAAAUUUGCUAAAUAAGCAAAGAGGUUAUAAAAGUGUUUUCUUAAGUUCUAAGUUAAACUGAAUAGUUAUGUAUGUAAAGAUAAUUUACUAAUGUUAAUUUAUUUUAUUGUUGAAUUUUUUUGGUAUCAAAUAAUUAUCUUCAUCUUGUC